UCUCCCUCUCCCUCUCUCUUUCUCCCUUUUCCCUCUCUCUCUCUCUCUCUCUCUCUCUCUCUCUCUAGUAUGAUGGUCUGCGGCUCUGCGCUCGUGCGUUAGAGAGAGAGGAGCGCUUGAAAAGCAAGCCACCCGGCGGUUAAGCGAUAGCUCAAACCAAGCAACAACUCUCUGUCUCUGUCUCUGUGGAACCAUAUAUACCGAACAAGCUCUUCGACGCCAGCCAGCCCCCAUUUCACAGAGCGAUGAGCUCGCCCCUUCUUCGGCCUCCACGAGCCCACCACGACGCCGCCGGACUCUGAACGUCUCGCGCGCCCCGCCCGCGAUGAGAAUGCAGCGGAGCGGAGCCGCCGCCGCCGCCGACGUGGCAGAGCUCCCUGCCGAAGUCCCCGGGGACCGCACGGUGGUGGUCGGGGUCAAGCUGGAUCCGCAGAGCAGGGAGCUGCUGACGUGGGCUCUGGUCAAGGUCGCCGAGCCCGGGGAUCGCGUCGUCGCGCUUCAUGUCCUCGGGAGCAACGAGAUUGUGGACCGGGAUGGGAAGUCGUCGUUGCUCUCGCUGGUCAAAGCCUUCGACUCCGUUCUUGCUGUUUACGAAGGUUUCUGCAACUUGAAGCAGGUUGAUCUUAAGCUCAAGAUCUGCAGGGGCACAUCCGUUCGGAAGAUUCUGGUUCGCGAGGCGAAAUCAUAUGGCGCGACCAGGGUCAUUGUUGGAACCGCGAGGAAUCACCACCCAAUUCGGCCAUCAACCUCUGUGGCCAAAUACUGUGCCAAAAAACUGCCGAAAGACUGUUGGGUUCUUGCUGUCGAUAAUGGGAAAGUUAUCUUCCAGAGAGAGGGCUCUCCUGCGACUUUCCAUGUCUCACAAGUCGCAGGAAAAUCUGAUAAUCUUCGGCCAAACAGCUUGCUUAAUGUAUUUCAUCGAUCAAUAAGUAAGAACUCUAAAGUUCUCAAUGAUAGCGAUUUCACAGUAUCUCCAAAGUCCACGGGUAAUGCGAGUGGGGCAGAAACCUUGGAGCAGGUUUUGCUGAAAGCCUCUGCUGAUGCUAAAGAGACUAUUGUGAAGCAUGACUGCUCUAUUUGUGCUUCCACCACACGACAGGCUGAUAAUUCUUGCGACAAUGCUUCCGAGGAAACUUCCAGUAACCACGAUGAAGAAAAUUCUUUGGCUAUCAUACCAUUGCAGACAGAUGAAGCAACAUCAGGGUCAGUUUCUCCACAGAGUAGAGAAAUGCCUGCACAGCAGCCGGGUUGGCCACUGCUUCGUUGUGCAAUUUUAGCGGACAGGCAGACUCCUGACCAUUCUUCAGGAAGGGAGAUCUCUGUGGUUCAGUGGGUAAUGCGAUUACCAAGCAGGCAUUUUCUAUUUUCGUCCAUUACUUCAGAGCAGAAACAAGGGGGUUCGACCAAGGGUGAACAAGAAGCCUCAAGUUUAGAUGAAGAAAGCGGAGCACUUGUUCUCGCAGGUAAUGAGGCUCAGAGAACACAUCCUCCUGAUGAGAGUCCAAGUAGUUUGCCAAAAGAGUUGGAGGGUCUUCAUGAAAAAUACUCAUCAACAUGCAGAUUGUUUACUUACGAUGAACUGCAGGCAGCAACAACCUUUUUCUUGGCAGAGAAUCUGAUAGGGAAAGGAGGCAGUAGUCAAGUUUACAAGGGUUGCCUUCCUGAUGGAAAGGAGCUUGCCGUGAAGAUCCUAAAGCGAUCUGAAGAUGCACUUAAGGAAUUUAUUCUGGAAAUAGAGAUUAUUACGACAUUGCAUCACAAGAACAUUGUUUCUCUUAUUGGAUUCUGCUUCGAAGACAACCAUCUUCUGUUGGUUUACGAUUUCCUAUCAAGAGGAAGUCUUGAAGACAACCUUUAUGGAAUCAAGAAAAAUCCAAAUGCAUUUGGUUGGAGAGAAAGAUACAGGGUUGCUCUUGGAGUAGCUGAGGCCUUGGAGUACCUCCAUGAAAGAAGUGCUCAACCCGUAAUACAUAGGGAUGUCAAAUCAUCAAAUAUACUGUUAUCUGAAGAUUUCGAACCACAGUUAUGUGAUUUUGGGCUUGCUGAAUGGGCAUCAACCUCCUCUACAUAUAUAACAUGCACAGAUGUUGCAGGAACCUUUGGUUAUCUGGCUCCUGAAUAUUUCAUGUAUGGCAAAGUCAAUGACAAGGUUGAUGUCUAUGCAUAUGGUGUGGUACUGCUUGAGCUUCUUUCUGGUAGAAAGCCCAUAAGCAAUGACUUUCCAAACGGCCAAGAGAGCCUGGUUAUGUGGGCAAGACCAAUUCUUAAUGGUGGGAAAAUAUCCGAACUAUUAGACCCGAGCUUGGGUGAAAAUUACGAUCAUCACCAGUUGGAGAGAAUGGUUUUAGCUGCCACACUUUGUGUCAGACGUGCACCUCGAGCUAGGCCCCAAAUGAACCAUGUGGUAAAGCUCCUCCAUGGCGACGCUGAUAUAGUGAAGUGGGCACGGCUACAAGUCUCUUGUGACCAAUCUGAUGUGGUGGAUGAUGAAGCUUGUGCUCACCCUAACAUCCAGUCCCACCUGAACCUUGCGCUGCACGACAUGGAGGAUGAUUCAUCGUCCGUGAGCAUCAUCGACUCCAACGUCUCACUGGAGGACUAUUUGAAAGGCCGAUGGAGCCGUUCAUCGAGCUUCGACUAAUCAAUUAUUUCACGCAGAACGCGAGCACGCUCUGCAUUUCUUCCUUCUCUCUUUGUAUAUGCUUUUGGAUCCAUGACCAUAUUCCCAUUGGUUUUCAGUUGUCUUUCUCUGGGUUUUUUACUCAUUAGGUGGGUGUUGGAUGAGAGGUAGUUUUGUGGGUUAGUCCUCCUCCCUCCCCUUACAUUAGGCAUUAGUCAUAACACAUUUCCCCUGAAUCAAGGGGGGGAAUGUGGGGGAAGUGAGAUAAGUUCACUAUACAUCCAUCUGUAUCUGCCGGAAAGGCCAAUAAAACCGAUUUUUGAACUGUUGCA